GGGAGAGCUGAGCUUGAUUGACUAUUGACUGUCUGACUCUUUGGCCAGAGUGUUGGCGAUACUGAGCACGCUUCUGCGGCUGAUUUUUAUACUUUGGAUAUUGGUAUCUAGAGGAUCUUUUUUUAUCUAUCUUAGGUUAUUUGGAACCACAGUUUCAGUAACUGCCCCGCGAACGAUCAACUCGCUACGCCAUGCGUUUAAUCAAGAACAAAAUUGAGCAUAAUGGCUCCGGAACAGUGACGCUGUGUCCUGAGGAGCCGGAGGAUAUGUGGCACGCAUAUAACCUCAUCCGACCUAAUGAUCUCCUCCGCGCCAGCGCCAUCCGUCGUGUCACCACUACCCAAGAGACCGGAUCCACCUCGUCGGCGCGAGUCCAUCUGAUGCUUGAAAUCCGCGUCAAGAACCUCGACUUCGACCCGCAGAGCUCGCAGCUGCAUGUGAGUGGGACUAUCGUGAACGAGACGGCGCAUACGAAGAUCGGACAGCACCAUACGCUCGAUUUGGAGCUGAAUCGGAAUUUCACGUUGGAGAAGGAGGUUGGGGCGGACGGCGAGGGAGUCGGAUGGGACAGUAUUGCGGUGCAGAUGUUGAAGGAUGCCGUGGAUGAAGGGGGAAAUCGGAGGGCCGAGGCUGUGGCCGUGGUGAUGCAGGAAGGCCUGGCGCAUAUUUGCUUUAUCGGGCAAUUCCAGACUAUCCUAAAGCAGAAGGUCGAGAUGUCAGUGCCCAGGAAACGACAUGGUGGGGGCGAUCAUGAUAAGGGCAUGUCCAAGUUCUUCCAGGUUACACUCGAUACGCUGCUGCGCCAGCUAGAAUUCAACACCAGCUCGGUGGCACUCACCAGUAACGAGGCCGUCCGACCUGUCCUCCUGGCGUCACCCGGCUUCGUGGCCGCCGGUUUUCAAAAGUAUAUCCAGUCAGUGGCAUCCACCACGACACCGGCACUAAAACGGCUCUUGCCUAGCAUUGUGGUCGUACACUCUGCCUCCGGGUAUCUCCACUCGCUAGCGGAAGUGCUGCAAUCGCCGGCUGUGAAGACGAUCCUCGCCGACACCAAGUAUGCGCGCGAGACCAGGCUCAUGGACGACUUUCUCGAGCAGUUGCGCAAGGAAACCAACAAAGCAACGUAUGGACCCCGCGAGGUCGAAUCGGCUGUCGAUCAAGGCGCCGUUGGCCGCGGAGGCGGCGUGCUGAUCAUUUCCAAUCGGCUGUUCAGGUCACAGGACGUGGCGGAGCGCAAACGGUGGGUGUCGCUGGUGGAUCGGGUGCGAGAUGUUGAGGGAGGCGAGGUGCGGGUGCUCAGCUCGGACCACGAGAGUGGAAGACGACUCGAUGGGUUGGGGGGAGUAGCGGCCCUGUUGACGUUCCCUAUAGUGGAUGAAGAUAUAGAGGAGGACGACCAAUAGAGCCUAGAUCUGGAUGUGUCAACCCGGGCACGUCCUACCCAUCCUCUCACAAGCCCCUAGUGCUGUGUCUAGCCCCAACGUUGAACGAAUGCACGACCAUCAUAAUUAGUGUACUCCAUACCCUGCGCUUAUCAUCCUAGGGUCGGAACAGACCCAGCAGGCUGAAUGCAACGACAGAGUCAUGUACCACAUCCCGCCCCGGGCAGAAACGGGAGCGACGCUACUAGAGGUGCAGUCACUCGUCCUGGCGUCU